AUGAAAUCCAGAUGGAAACUCAAUUCUCAUCUCCCUUCUAUCAAUAUACCCUUCAACGUGAAGGCACUAACUUUUCAAAACCCACUUUCUGCAACCUCAAAAUCUGUCCUCAACCAUGCUGACUUGAGUUCUCUUCUCUCGGUUUGCGGCAGAUAUGGAAACCUUAAUCUUGGUUCUUCCAUCCAUGCCCGUGUCAUCAAGCAACCCCCAUCAUUCCAUUUUGACAACUGCCCCCGUAAUGCCCUCUUUGUUUGGAACUCACUCCUCUCCAUGUAUUCUAAAUGUGGUGAACUGCAUGAUGCCGUUAAGCUUUUUGAUCAUAUGUCUGUAAAAGAUACCGUGUCAUGGAAUGUAAUGAUUUCUGGGUUUUUAAGGAACAUGGAUUUUGAUGCGGGUUUUAGGUUCUUUAGGCAAAUGAGUGAGUCAAGGACAGUGUAUUCUAAAUUUGAUAAAGCAACUCUGACUACAAUGUUGUCAGCUUGUGAUGAACUGGAGUUCUCUACUGUAACAAAAAUGAUCCAUGGUGUGGUGUUUGUUGGUGGUUUUGAGAGGGAAAUUACAGUGGGGAAUGCUCUUAUAACAUCAUAUUUUAAAUGUGGGUGUUGUGGUCAAGGAAGGCAGGUUUUUUAUGAGAUGCUGGAGAGGAAUGUUAUAACUUGGACGGCAGUGAUUUCUGGCCUCGCACAGAAUGAAUUUUAUGAGGAUAGUUUGAGAUUGUUUGCUCAUAUGCGUUGCGGGGCCGUGAUUCCUAAUGCUUUAACAUAUUUGGGUGCACUCAUGGCCUGUUCAGGUUUACAAGCACUGGUGGAAGGCUGUAAAAUUCAUGGCCUGCUCUGGAAAUUGGGAAUGCAGUCAGAUUUAUGCAUUGAAAGUGCUUUGAUGGAUUUGUAUUCAAAGUGUGGUAGUUUAGAAGCAGCUUGGCAAAUUUUUGAGUCUGCUAAGGAACUUGAUGAGGUUUCUUUAACCGUAAUACUUGUAGCUUUUGCUCAAAAUGGACUUGAGGAUGAAGCUAUCCAGAUAUUCUUAAGGAUGAUAAAAUUGGGGAUUACAGCUGAUGCCAACAUGGUUUCUGCCAUUCUUGGUGUAUUUGGUGUUGGCACUUCUUUGGCUCUCGGUAAACAGAUUCACUCUCUAGUUAUAAAGAAGAACUUGAGUCAGAAUCCUUUUGUUAGUAAUGGACUCAUAAAUAUGUACUCCAAGUGUGGAGAUUUGUAUGACUCGCUCCAAGUCUUCUAUCAAAUGACUCAAAAGAAUUUGUUUUCGUGGAAUUCCGUGAUUGCAGCUUUUGCUCGCCAUGGGGAUGGUUUCAAAGCACUUCAAUUUUAUGAAGAGAUGAGAAAAGAGGGUAUAGCACCGACACAUGUUACAUUUUUGUCUUUGCUUCACAAUUGCAGUCAUACUGGCCUAGUUGAGAAGGGAAUGGAGUUUUUGGAAUCUAUGACUAGAGAUCACGGGUUAAGGCCCCGGUCUGAUCAUUAUGCCUGUGUUGUUGAUAUGUUGGGCAGGGCUGGACUUCUUAAAGAAGCUAAAAAUUUUAUUGAGGGGUUGCCUGAGAAUCCUGGCAUACUGGUUUGGCAAGCAUUGCUUGGUGCUUGCUGCAUACAUGGUGAUUCUGAGAUGGGAAAAUAUGCUGCUGAUAAACUCUUUUUAGCAGCACCAGAUAGCUCAGCUCCUUACGUUUUGAUGGCAAAUAUAUAUUCUAGUGAAGGGAAAUGGAAAGAGAGAGCACAUGCCAUUAAGAGAAUGAAAGAGAUGGGAGUAGCAAAAGAAGUGGGUAUAAGUUGGAUUGAGAUAGAAAAGAAAGUCAGUAGUUUUGUAGUAGAGGACAAAAUGCAUCCGCAAGCUGAUAUUAUAUUCUGGGUUUUGUCCGGGGCAUUGAAACACCUGAAAGAUGAAGGCUAUGUUCCUGAUAAAAGGUGUAUUCUCUAUUACUUGCAUCAAGAUAAAAAGGAUUAAUCUCUCUCUGCAUUUAUUCUGACGGUUCAUUAUCUAGUAAGAACGCUAUUGGCUAUCGGUGUUUAUCCCUAAAAUUA